AUGGAGGAGGCGAAGCAGGAGUUUGACCGGAUGAAUGGCCUUAAAGAGGAGCUUGAGGUAAAGGUUGCCAAGUUGGAAGGAUUUGGAGAACGAGAAGGUCCACAAUUUCCAACCACAAUAGGAGUUGAUGGUGUGGUUGUUCCUAAGGCUGAGGCAGAUUGGAAUGAUGAUGACAGGAAGAAAAUAGAACUCAAUGCUAAAGCUAUUAACCUGUUAAAUUGUGCUGUCAGCUUCGAAGAAUACCGACGGGUAUCAAGAUGUACAACAGCAAAGCAAAUCUGGAAUAAGCUCCAAGUUACUCAUGAAGGUACAACUCAAGUCAAAAGAUCCAGAAUAGACAUGAUAAACAGAGAAUACGAAAUGUUUUCAAUGAAGGAAGGAGAAACAAUCGAUGAAAUGUUUGAAAGACUCAACAUUAUCAUCACUGGCUUGGAUGCUAUGGGAAUCACACAUUUAGAAUCUGUGCUCGUGAGAAAAAUAUUGAGAUGUCUCACUAAAGAGUGA